AUGUUUUCCUUCUUAUGCACAACCAUAUUACUUCAAUUCAUAUUAAUAAGUGUCAUUUUUGGAAAUAUCGAAUAUAUGAUCAACUAAACAAAUUCAUAAAUUUUUGACAAAGUGAAAACUCAUUCAAACAAUCAGUUUUUGUAGGUAGCAAAUUAGAUCGGUCUUGGCUUUCAAUCUCAUCUAUAUUACCUAUCAUAAUAAUUGUAAAAUACAGUGUAAAUCUUUCCGCAAUUAUUCAACCCUUUAAUGUAAUUUAAGUCUUCUAGUUCCUAUUAAACUUGUGAAAUAUUAACUCAAUAAAAUUACCUAGAAGUAUGCUUCUUUGCUUAAGAAAAUAAAAAAUAACUGUACAAUUUGAAUUAAUAAACCCAAUACAUAUUAGGGUAUUUGACUAAUUACAAAAACUACUUACCUUUUCUCUUUGUGGAAUCAGUGAGACAAAAAAUAGAAAGGUUUUCUAUUUUAAUCUAUAAUCCUGUCGAAUAGGUCGAAAUCUACAUGAUUUAUCCUGCUAAUAAGAUUAAAAAAUACUUUAUCAAUAAGAAAAAACACAAAGAAAUCUAAUUGGCUGGUCCCUAUAUUAAUCCAACUAAUGAUAGUUAAAUAAUGAUGAAUCUCCAAUAAUAGACUACAUUUAGAAACUUCUCCAUAUAUUUCACCAUCGAAUUUACUUUGUCAUCAAUUGAAGUCUUAUUCUUUGAUAUUAACUAUUAUCAAUCAACAAUGUUGGCCAUUACUGAUUUUAGUGGCACUUUGAUCUAUUGUCCAACAGAAUGGAAUAUUAGUUAUCAGACGUCUAUUCAAAAAAUUUAUGAUCAUUAUAAUAUGUCUGGUUUUAAUAUAACGAGAAUACCUACAAUUUAAGCAAACCAAAUAGAAGUACAGAAUCAAUCAUAUAGUUUAAUAUAAUUACCCUUUUCAGGGAAGUAUGACUCAUAUUAGUUAAGUUCAUUUAUCAACAAUACAAAUUAGAACAUAGAUUUUUAUGUGUAUUUGUAUGUUUUGAAUGAACAACUCCUUACUACAUUUACUUUAAUUAAUAGUAUCAUGUAAAGAGAAGAGACAGUUAUAAUAUUCAUAAAUGUAUCAUCAACUAUCCUAACAAUAUCUAUAGUUUUUAUUUUUACUUAUCUAAUUGCUGUUCGAAUUAGUAGACCCUUAAAUAAAUUAGUCAAUACUUCUAGAUAUAUGUCAAAUAAUCUAACUAAAAAAAAUAUCUCGCAUGAAAUUUUGAAUGAAAUCAAACAUAUAGAAGCUGCUAAUUAGAUUGCAGACUUGAUUUAAAAAUUUAAAAAUUUAGUUGAGUCUAUCAAAAAUAAAAUAAAUUCAAAGAAAUCAAUGGUAAAAAAGAAUGUUGUUCAAUACCCUUUAAAUUAGUAUGAUCCAGAAUUUAUUAAUAAAACCAAAAAUAAAACUGAUAUUAAUUGGAAUGCUACAAUAAAUGAAAUAGAUGAAUGA